AUGCAGUACUCGUUCAAGCUAGACGAUGCAUUUGUGGACCAAUAUAAAACGAAGACGCCUCCCUUCGGUUUUAACGGUUUAGGCGAGACGAUUUAUCGUCGUACCUAUUCCAGAGUGAUCAAUGGUGUCCGAGAGAAGUGGUACCAAACUGUCCGCCGUGUUGUGGAGGGAACGUACUCAAUUCAAAUGAACCAUAUCAAUAUGAACCAAUUGGGAUGGAACAAUGACCAGGGACAACGCUCAGCACAAGAAAUGUAUGAUUUAAUCUUCAACAUGAAGUUUUUGCCUCCAGGUCGCGGUCUCUAUUGCAUGGGAACAAACAUUGUCCACCAAAAGAAUCUCGCUGCUGCGCUCAACAAUUGCGCGUUCGUCUCCACGGAAACUCUGGACCAGGACCUUUCUCUUCCAUUUGAGUUUCUGAUGGAUGCCACGAUGCUCGGUGUGGGUGUGGGUUUUGACACGAAAGGCGCUGGAAAACUAACGAUCUUGGGUCCUGAUACCACCCAACCCCCAAUUGACUACGUGAUCGAGGACAGCCGUGAAGGCUGGGUCCAGUCGGUGGGGACGCUGUUGCAGAGCUAUUUCGGCGAGGACGGCGUGAAGACGCCCGCGAUCGUGUUCGAUUACAGCCACAUUCGAAAGCCCGGCGAGGAGCUCAAGACGUAUGGAGGGAAGAGCAGCGGUCCGGAUCCUCUCAUCGAGCUGCACAAGAAGCUCCGCGAGACGCUGGACAAGCAGAUCGGUUCGAAGAUCAGCUCGACGACGAUCACGGAUAUCUUUAAUCUGAUUGGUCGCUGCGUGAUUGGCAUCGGCAACAUCCGAGCCGCUGAAAUCGCGUUCGGCGAAGUGGGAGACACCGAGUUCUUGGACCUGAAAGACUAUGAGAAGAACCCGCAUCGCGCGGAUUACGGGUGGACCUCCAACAACAGCAUCUUCGCGGAGAUCGGGAUGGAUUACUCCUCGAUCGCGGAGCAUGUGGCGAAAAGCGGCGAGCCUGGCCUGGCCUGGCUGGAGAACAUGCGCCACUACGGACGAAUGUGCGAUCCGCGGAACGACAAAGACAUCAAAGUGAAGGGCGGGAACCCGUGUCUGGAGCAGUCGCUGGAGUCGUACGAGCUGUGCUGCCUCGUCGAGACGUUCCCCGCGCGGCACGCGUCGCUCAAAGAGUUCCAGCGCACGCUCAAGUUCGCGUAUCUCUACGCCAAGACGGUCACGCUCGGGCGAACGCACUGGGCGCAGACCAACCGCGUGAUGCUGCGGAACCGGCGGAUCGGCUGCUCGGUGAGCGGGAUCGCGCAGUUCCUCGCCAGCCACAAUCUGGAGGAGCUGCGGCAGUGGCUGGACGCGGGCUACCAGACCGUGCAGCACUGGGACGAGGUCUACAGCGAGUGGUUGUGCGUGCCGAAGUCCAUCAAGACCACGUCGGUGAAGCCGUCGGGUACCGUCUCGCUGCUGGCGGGCGCCACGCCGGGCAUGCACUAUCCGCUGGGGAAGUAUUACAUCCGCCGCGUGCGGUUCCAGGCGGACUCGGACAUGCUGCCCGCGCUGCGGCAGGCGGGGUACCACAUCGAGCCGUGCGUGGGGCAGGAGAAGACGAUGGUGGUGGUGUCGUUCCCGGCGUGCGCGGGGGAGAACAUCACGGUGCAGGAGGACGUGUCGAUCUUCGAGCAGUUCUCGCUGGCGGCGUUUUUGCAGCGGUAUUGGGCGGACAAUCAGGUGUCCUGCACGAUCUCGUUCAAUCCGGAGACGGAAAGCUCCAAGAUCACCAAGUGCUUGGACUUCUUCCAGUACCAGCUGAAGGGCGUCGCGAUGCUCCCGCGCGUGAAGCUCGAUAUGUUCCCGCAAAUGCCGUAUGAGAAGAUCGAUAAGGAGACGUAUGAGGCCAUGGUGAAGGACCUGAAGCCCAUCAACUGGGAUGUCGUGGAUGAGGUCGUGAUACCCGGAGAAACGGAGGGAAGAGUGUCGAACGGGGAGAGUUUGGAGGUGGAGGAGAAAUUGUGCAAUGCUAGAGAAUGUAACUUUUGUGAUGCGGAUCAGUCGGAUCUGAAUAUGACGGGCCAGUACAAGGCUGACUAGUUUGUGCUAU